UUGAUGCUCUCGAACACAGCCACCUUUGGUGUUUUUGGGUCGCCUUGUUAACGGCCAAAAGCACAGUUUAGGACGAGAUUUACCAUUGAACUACCUGCUUUAUGUAUAUUUUUGGGGAUCUGACAAAAUUCACAUGGAAAUGUGAGUUAUAAAUCUAUCAUUCUCAUUGAAAGCAAGUCUGAAUGAUAGAUCUGUGUUUCCCGGUUUUACGUUUUGUUCACCAGCUUCAAACAGUUGAACAUAUAAUAUUUGGGGUUAUGGAAAAGAUCAUUCACAACGGUUUAGAUGGUACAAGUAUUCUCUACACUAUACUUGCUUGUUUUGUCACAUAAACUGAAAUUAGACGAACUAUUCGAAUUUUAGCAACUAGGAAAUGCCGGAGCGAUUUCUGAAUUGGUCAUCUUUAAUCAUAUUUAUCCUAUCAUGUAAUCGCUUUUGCCACAUUCCAAUUGAGGUGGGAAAUAAACUACAAUGUUCAAAUAAUAUUAUUUGUAAAUCAGUCAGACACAAUUUACCCAUGAUACAUUGCGAUUUUGAGCCUCUCGAACACGGCCAUUGGUAACCAAUCGGCGUAGCAGCAGAUAUACAAGUAAUCACCAAACAACUUCUGGAUGCUAACUAUAGUGAUGAUAUCAGCUGAAACUUGAAUUUAACUUGAACGAAUAGGUGGUGGCUUUCCAUCUAGAUAUCUGUACCCACGACACCGAAAAUGUGUUUGAAAAACGCAAGGAGGUAGUCAAUUGUGUGAUUUGAUGUUACGCCGAUAGCUCGCUAAACCAGUAGCAACAUUUAUUCUAGAAACGCGCAACGUUAGCAUACUGGAUCUAGCUGCUACGUUAGUUAAUGUGGUAACUUUUCUAACGCCAUUGGAGCAUUGUUAAGCAACAUUUAGUGUAAAUCAUAACGCAAGUUUGACUUUGGCAUAUCUCGAUUCUCAUCUGUUUGGAUUAAUUUACACAUUAUAAUCUACAAGCAAGGGGGUGGCUAGAUACAUCACCCCACUUUACCUCCUGAAAAAAUGGCGAGUCCUGCCCCCCCACCAGCCACUGUCUCGACCGCAACUGAGAACCCCAGCAGCUCGACUGCUGGGGAGGGUGGCAAUCAGGACAGCACCUUCGAAUGCAACAUCUGCCUGGACACCUCCAAGGAUGCGGUGAUCAGUCUGUGUGGGCAUCUCUUUUGUUGGCCCUGUUUACAUCAGUGGUUAGAGACCAGACCUAACAUACAAGUGUGUCCAGUGUGCAAGGCAGGCAUCAGUCGAGACAAAGUCAUCCCACUAUAUGGCAGGGGAAGCACAGGCCAGCAGGACCCACGGGAGCGAAUGCCUCCUCGACCACAAGGACAGAGGCCAGAGCCAGAAAAUCGUGGAUUUCAGGGGUUCGGCUUUGGAGACGGAGGAUUCCAGAUGUCUUUUGGCAUUGGUGCCUUUCCAUUUGGCAUUUUCUCUACAGCUUUUAACAUCAAUGAUGGAAGACCACACCCAGCUGCCCCUGGGACCCCCCAGCACAUGGAUGAACAGUUCUUGUCCCAACUCUUUCUAAUUGUGGCUCUGGUGAUUGUGUUUUGGCUACUAAUCACAUAAAUGUCUGGGUGGCCAGGACUAAGGCUCAAUUUGGACAGUUCUUAACUCUGUUUCCAGAUACUUGUUUGAUUUUGUACUUAUCCACAUUCUAAGUAUUGUCCUCUGAACUUGCCGUUGGUUUAUUUUCAGUAAUUGAGAUUAAACUGUUUGAUUGCAUCUGUACUAUGAAUCCUACAGAAGUCUUAAAAUGGCCCUACCUCUUCAUUUCCAUCAAUGGUGUGUUUUUAAUAGACAAAGUUUCCUUGGCUGGCAAUAGAACCAGAUUUUAAAAGAAAAAAUGGCAAAUCAGUAAAUGUAAGGUAUCGAAUAUACCCUCUGUUUGUAUGGAUGUAGAUUAUGAGCAGUAUGUCCUGUUUCUGAACUGAAUAUCAAGUCGGGAAGAGGUGUAUAAUUGGCGAUAGACUUUUAAAUUGUUGACACAAUUGCCUUUUGAGUAACAUUACCAGUAUGCAGCCAUAUUAACAAUACAGUAAGUAGGGAAUAGUCCAAAGGAGCAGUAUUGAUAUGGGUUUAAGUUAUUGAAUGAUAUUAAAUGGUAUGUCCUCAGUUGCCAUAGGAGCUAUUUUGCUAACUAUUUCUCAUGUUUCAGAAAAUAAGCUUACAAUUUAAAGGAGCUAUUUUUGGUUGAAUGAGUCAUUGUCUGCCACUAGUAAGACUUAUUUAGUACAAAUGGAAAUGUAGAAUUCUAAUGCAUAUGCUUAUAUAAUAACUUAGGGGGAUGUGUAAAAGAUUGAUUUCUUCAACCUGACAACUAUCAAGAUGAAUGUCAUUAGUAACAGAAGCUGUUACUGUGCUCCCUCACUAAUCAAUUUUUACUUCACCACUUUCUCACUGUAAUAAAGUUGAAUAUAAAAAAAUGGAUUAUUAAAAUAGCAUAAGCAUCUGUAA